AUGGCGCACGGCAGCACCAAGGACCCAGGGCAGCAGCCGUUCACCUUCCAAGUGGGGCUGGGCAAUGUCAUCAAGGGGUGGGACGAGAGUGUCAUCAACAUGCAGCUGGGCGAGCAAGCUCGCAUCACUUGCACGCCUGACUAUGCGUACGGGGCUGGUGGCUUCCCUGCGUGGGGCAUCAUGCCCAACUCCACACUCGUCUUUGACAUCGAGGUGCUCUCCCUGCAGUAG